AUCUUCUUUUUUCAUCCGUCAGUAUUAAUUAAUUGGCUAAUUUUUUCAUCAGUUGCACAGGAAUAUUCCAGGUUUCCAGCAAUUUUUUGAAGAAAAUAAUUCGUAUUCUGUCUCAGUUGACUAAGAUUUGUGGACCAGUUCAAUUACUAUUGAAGCCACACCAUAAGAACAACUCGUUUUAGUUCAACGCUAUUUUAACCAAAGGAAACGCCCGUUGCCAAUCCUGAAAUUUUUAUUGUGAUAAAGGUCACGUAAACCUUCAACAUAGGGUUAUCAGAGACAGCCGUUAUGGACAUCAUGGCUUCGAAUCUACAGCAGCAACGAGCCAUCACAGAGCAGUUGAGACGAGAGGCCUCAAUUCAGCGUGUUCCGGUGACACAAGCAGUGGCGGAAAUUGUCAAGUAUGUAACGGAGCACGAAGCUGAGGACUGUUUGUUGGUUGGAUUCUCCAGCCAGAAGGUCAAUCCUUUCCGGGAGAAGAGCUCUUGCCAGAUUCUGUAAGAUGUACCUGAUCUCUCACCCUGUAAGUAGAACGGUCGACACAGAUGUACCAAUCGAAUAAUUGGACAAAAUAAGCUGGGAAAACAUGACGUCAUCGCCAUCUGCUUCAUUAGAUGUAUUUCGUGUAUUGGUAGGGAGGAACGCAAGCAGCAUUAAAUGAACUAAUAUUUCUCAUAUAUAGAAAUUGUUGUAUCGCGGUAGAAUAUGAACUUAUGUCGUCGAUAAUACGGAAAAAACACCCACCCCUCAACAUAUACAAUCAUUCAACGCGUAGAUAGAAUCUCGCUAGGCUCGAAUGCAACAGUUUGAUCGAUAAAGUAGAUCAUACCAAUCAGAUGGAACUAAAACGAUGCUUUCUAGGAAUUGUACUAUUUAUUGAAUGUUACUAACAAAAUCUACUCCAAUGUAUACAACCGUUCGUCAAUCUUACAGCCGAAUUCUGAAGGUAAAUGUUAAGAAAAGAUGUACUGAUUGUGCGAUGGAGUAAUAAAUCGUAUACUAUUUAUGUGUAGAAAA